AUGCGGCUGUCCGCCCUUCGAUCAUCGCGCAUUGCUCUCCAUAAUCCUCGGCUUCGAGCCAGUGUCUCGGCCCACCAAGAUUCCGAUGUCUUCGCCAAUAACCUUCGGAAAACAUUAGACGCCCAUCGGACCUCAAAUCGAAAUCGUCUCAUCCGCAAAGUAUACCCUCGUCCACUUCCUGCGGCUCUUUGGCGACCAGAAAUACCUCUCGAGUCCCGGCCAGAAUGUCCACCAGCCACACCGCCGGCAUCCACACUGAAGGAGACCAAGCCGAAAGAGACCACGAGUAGGCAACGUCGUCGCCUACGCCAUGAAGACGCUGCCACUCGAUCAACGCAAAGUCGGCCCGCGGACACAUUGAUUCGGAGCUCUGGCACUUUCCACGAUGAGAACGCUGGGAGCUAUCCCUGGACAAGCUUCCUGGAACUCUCUGAUGGGAUUGACGAUGCCACUGCCUUCCUCAAUGCAGAGAUUCUCGCAUUGGAGCGCUAUCUAACUCCAAGCUCCCCAGAGCAGAUCUGGACCGACCAAUUGAGUGCACAUGUCAUCGACUCAUUAAAUCCGAUUGUCCCUCACACACCUCAACUCAUUGGCUUUCGUCACAUUGGCCUAGCGCUGCCUCACUCAGACCUUAAUUUCCUCCUACCAUUUGAAGAUCCCCUCCGAUCCCCAGACCGAGCGCGGAAGCCAAGUGCCACAAGGCCCCAGAUCCACGAUGCGCAUCUGCGUCUCCUCCGCCAAGUCGAAUCUACCCUCGAGAACAGUCCGCCGUUUGAUCGGAUUCAGCUUUCUGGGAAGCGACGCCCUGUUCUCGAGGCUCGUCACCAACCGACGGGAUUACUAUUACGAUUUCACUGUGGCGAAAAAGCCCCGGCUAUCAUGGAUUACCUGGAAAGUUGCCUGGACCAGUAUCCUACUCUCCGCCCGUUGUACAUGGCAACUCGGGCCUUACUUGAAGCCCGUGGUCUAUCUCAAUCUUUGCAGUCAGGGAUCAGACCAGAUGCACUAGCCAUGCUCUUGGUCACCUUUUUGAAGUUGAAUCAUGAUCGGUUCUCAGUGCCUUUCAAUACCGGAGAGCAGUUUAUGAAGUUCUUGAAAUUCUAUGGCACUGACGUUGACCUUCAAUCUAUCGGCGUUGCGGUCGAUCCUCCAGGAUUUUUUGGAUCUGAGAAGAUACAAGAAUUCCGAGAGGGAAACACCAACACUGCAUGUCUGCGUGGCCAACGAUCUCUCAUCAACGCAAAAAGAACCGCAGUCUCUCGAGGCAACAUGCCGGCUGGCCAGAGGCUAUGCAUUCAAGACCCAACACAUUAUAUGAAUGAUUUGGGUCGCUCCUUUACACGAACUGCUGAGUUGCAGAACGUGUUUUCUACUGCCUAUGAACAGCUUUGUGAUUAUUCCCAGAAUUGGAAGAAUACGAGCAGGGUUAAUUCGAUUCUUGCUUCUGCGCUACGGGCAAAUUUCGACCAGUUGGAGACGCUGCGAGAGAAGCUUGUGCCUAGUGAUUGA